CGCGCUCGUCGCGGCAUGGAGCCUGCCCGGGAGCCCCCCGCGCGCACCCGCCCGCCACCCCCUGCAGUCCGCCCGGCGCCGGCUGCGCCCAGGCCGCGCUCUCCAGCGGAGGCAGAAGCCCGUGGCCCAGAGGGGCUGCUACGGAGAUCGGGGUCAGGCUACGAGGGCAGCACCAGCUGGAAGGCGGCCUUGGAAGAUACUACUACACGCCUGCUGCUGGGAGCCAUUGCAGUCCUUCUGUUUGCCAUCCUGGUGGUCAUGAGCAUCUUGGCAUCCAAAGGCUGCAUCAAAUGCGAGUCACCCUGCCCGGAGGACUGGCUGCUCUAUGGGAGGAAAUGCUACUUCUUCUCAGAGGAACCUAGAGACUGGAACACUGGAAGGCAGUACUGCCACACCCACGAGGCGGCGCUGGCUGUGAUCCAAAGCCAGAAAGAACUGGAAUUUCUGUUCAAGUUCACACGGAGGGAGCCCUGGAUUGGCCUGCGCAGAGUUGGGGAUGACUUCCAUUGGGUCAGCGGGGACCCAUUUGACCCAGACACAUUCACCAUCUCGGGAAUGGGGGAGUGCGUCUUUGUAGAGCCCACCAGGCUGGUGUCAACAGAGUGCCUGACGACCCGUCCCUGGGUGUGCAGCAAGAUGGCCUACACAUGAUGUGACUCAGGCUGGAGGUGGCCCCUCUGUCCAGGCCCAAGGGCAGUGUCCGUUCUGCCACCUGCUUCCAACGGGAGCUGCCACCCUCUCUGGAUGGAAGUGACGGGGAGGGUGGCCUUUGUCACUGUCCCCUCUCAGGCUCCAGAGCUCUGAGGCCCUGGUCCCUGGUCUCUCUUGUCCCCAGGCAGGUCCUGUGGCUUAGCAGUUAUAUCUCAUAUGCUAAGUAGUGUAGACAUCUUGUCCCCCCACACAAGCACACACGUGUACUUGCAUGUACACACAUGCAUACGACACACACGCAAGCUCUUCUCAACAGGUCACCCCUUCCUUGGCUCUGCCUGGAACCUUCCUCACUGCAGCCCUGGUGCUUCUGGGCAGAUGGGGGCUA